UCCCACCACGCCUGCUAUCAGUUCACCAUAAUCCGUUCUCCAGGCGAUACUUGGUUGAUUCGUGGCCCUCAGGAAUACUUCCCACCUACUGAUGUUGAAGUGGUUGAGCGUAGGACGCUUAUACCACUGGACCAAAAUGAAGGCAUAUACGUGCGUAAUACUCGUACUGGCGCAGUCCGUGCAAUCAUUGGUAAGGCCUACAUGCUGGAUCAAGAUGAGGAGCUUUGGGAGAAACGGUUGCCGGCCGAAGUGAUACAACUGUUGUCGUCCUCUAGGGAUCCAUUGGCUGAUCGUGGAGCCCAU